ACCGCUUGGGAUACGAAGUACUUCGAUAUGGAAAGGGAGGCCUUCUUCGCGCUCUUGGAAGCGGCCAAUUAUCUGCACAUUGAAGGUCUGCUGAAGACUGGCUGCAAAAUGGCGGCCAAACAGGUGGACGACAAGUCUGCCGAAGAGGUGCAGAAGAUAUGGGGCAUUGAGUGCGAUCUGAGCCCCGAAACGGUGCAGCGCCUCAAGAAGGAGAACGCGUGGGCGGAGAAGGAGAAGUGAACCACCAUUUCAUGGAAAGGCUGUCCAUUGCAUUGAUUUAGUGGUCAAUGAGACAGUGAUUAUACGAAACUGUGAUUAUACUUAAUAUAUAUUAUUAUAAGUCAUUCCUAACUAAUUCUCACAUUUUUUCAAUUUAAUUCAACUGUAUUUGCCUUAAUUAUAAGAUUACCGGUAUUACUGUAAAUGUCUAAUUCACUGAAAACUGAACUCAAAACGUUUAAUCAAAUAUUUUUGUACCGGUAUGUUUUGAAUUUUAUAGAC